UAUGGCUUCGAAUCAGACUAAAAUUGGAAAUAUUGGCGAAAAGAUGACACCUAAGGAAAGACAAGCUCAUAGAACAAAUAAUACAAUACAGAAUGAUUUAAAUAGAAGAUUAAAAUAUUUGGACAUUGAAAGGAGAAUUAUUUUAAAUGCUAAAAAUACCGAUAUUAAUCUUCAAAAGAGAAAGCUACCUCUACAAACAUCAAAGUCUCCUGUAGACAGUUCUGCUGAUUUAUUAAUUGCGCAUAGAAGAUCUUCACUUGAAAUAGAAAUACCUAAAUUACAGCAAUCUAAUUCUCUUCCACAUAAUUUAUGCUCUCUUGGCCAUUCAAUCAAGGAUGAAUGGAAAAAUAAAAGCGACGAAUCUCUUGAACAAGUUAAAAGUGUUUGCCCGUAUGGAAUAAGUGGAGGAAUACGAAUGGGUAAUGGCUGUAAAAGGAGGGAUUUACAAGAUUGGCUUGGAUUAAGGGAUAGAAAGCUCAAGCGAACUCCAGUUAGAGUUAGAUAA